AUGGCUACAAUAACGUGUCGGGUCCAAUAUUUGGAGGAUGCGGACCCGUUUGUGUGCACAAAUUUCCCCGAACCAAGGAGACCGCCACCAUAUGAUUUUAACGAGAAUCUUGCAAUCAAUGAGCAAAUCGCUGGCGUUCAUAAACUGUUAGAGGCACCUUUAAAGUUAGAGGACUCUACUCUGCAACUGGCUACUAAUGGACACUACCUGGACCUGGACUCCUCCUUUGCAGAACAGAGGGAUGAUCUGGAACAGCUCUACGAUGACGUGGCCAAAGGAAAGAAACCCAUUCUUAUCCUGCGGACUCAGCUCUCAGUGCGGGUACAUGCCAUCCUCGAAAAGCUGUACAACUCUCAAGGGCCUGAGCUGCGACGGUCGCUGUUCUCCCUCAAACAACUGUUCCAGGAUGAUAAGGACCUGGUGCCAGAGUUUGUGAACUCUGAGGGUUUGACAUGUUUUAUUAAAGUCGGGGCUGAGGCUGAUCAUAACUACCAGAACUACAUCCUCAGAGCCCUCAGUCAGAUCAUGCUGUUUGUGGACGGAAUGAUUGGGGUUAUAAACCACAGUGAGACCGUGCAGUGGCUCUACACCCUGACCGGCAGCCUGUCUCGGCUAGUGGUGAAGACAGCUCUGAAGCUGCUGAUAGUGUUUGUUGAGUACACAGAGUCCAACAGCCCGUUGUUCAUUCAAGCAGUCAACAUGGUUGACAGCAAGAGAGGUGUAAAGUCUUGGACUUACCUGACGGAGAUUCUUGAGGAGAAGAGUGGGACAGACACAGAGUUGCUGGUGUACACAAUGACGCUCAUUAACAAGACUUUGGGAGCCCUCCCGGAUCAGGACUCGUUCUAUGAUGUCACAGAUUGCCUGGAACAGCAGGGAAUGGAGCGCAUCAUACAGAAGCACAUGACCAGCAGGGGCACAGACCCCGACCUGAAACAGCAGUUCACUAUAUACGAGAAUGCUCUGAAGUAUGAGGACGGGGAGAUGGAUGAGGCGUCACCACACAUCCGGAAGGACCGCAGGAAACUUACUCCCAGUGACCAGGAGGGACGCAGGAGCAGAAGGGCGUCCUCCCAAAACCUCACAGAUCUGUCCUCCUCACAAGCCUCACCGUCCUCAUCCUCCACCUCCUCCCCGACCACCGGCCUGAGCCGCACCAGCUCCCCGCUGCCCGCCGACACCCCCACCUCUGACCCCCGCACUCCAGACGCGUUCUCGCCCACGUCCAAGGCCUCGGAGUCUGGAUCGCAGGGCUCCUCCCCUGUGGCUGCUAACGGUACUGCGGCCACUCCCACUGAAGAAGACCAGCGCUCGGGGCGCUCUUUCAUCAGUCAGUACAUGUCUUCUAUGGGACUUUCUAGGCGGUCAAAGUUGUUUAGAAAGGUGGGGUCGAUAACAGAGGAGCCUGCCACGACCGCCAGCAGAGCAUCUCCCACGGACUCCUGUCCUCAGGAGAACCAUUCUCAGAAGGAGUCGACGGAGCAGUCGAGUCGGACAGAAGGCAGAGGAGUCUUUAAACUGAAGCAAGCUGUCAGUAUUUGCUCAGAGGACUGUAAUGUAAAUAAGGAUUUCCCGGUUCUGAGAAACUAUGAAGAUUCGUUCCUGCGUAACCUGGCCGCCUCACAGUUUGAGAAGAAGAAGAGAGCUAACCAAGAUAAGGAGCGCGUCUCCCUCAGUGACAGUGUACCUCCUCAGCCAGCACUCUGCUCCUUAGAAGAUCAAGCUCCCUCUUCACCAACGAAAGGGACGGCCGAGGAAACCCAGCUCCCUGAGGGAGACUCUGGAGAGACCAGCCCCACCCCGAGCACCCUGGAGCAGUCAGGAGACACACAGGAGACACAUAAUGAACCAGCAGGGGGCAGUGUCCAGCGCCAGGGCAGCGUGGCAGAGCAGCACCGUACACUCUCCAGUGACAAGAAGUUCAUGCUCGACAUGCUUUAUGCCAAGAACAAAGGCAGUCCGGGAGCGCUGAGGAGCCCGGCGGCAGAAGAGAACCUGGGACAGGGAGGAGCAGAUGACCAGAGCAUCAGCAGUUUGGCCGGCCGGCUCUCCAGCCUCCGUUCCCGGCUGGGCCAGCCCAGCGAGGACGGCUCCAGACGGGCAGAGCUGGAAGGCCUGGAGGGCAGUGCCCAGGUGGCGAAAGCCAAACUGGCGGACGAGCAACAGCGGAGAAUUCGCCCGCAGUGCAGCAUCGAUGCGGAGACUCACUCACGCAGCCUGGAGAAGACCAAGAUGACGCCGCUGGCCAGAGACAGUCAGGACGCCUGGGAGCAGCUGCAGCCCAGCUCCAAAGACCUCAAAAUCAAAGACCUGGACUUUUCAGAUCUUAUGGAAGACGAGGACAUUGACGUGCUGGAUAUCGACACCUUUGAUAUGGGCGUGUCCAACAGGAUCCCCCCGCCGCCUCCGUCCAUGCCGGGGCUGGGGGCUGUACCGCCACCACCCCCUCCGCCACCUCCCGGGGCCCCUGGAACAGGAGCCCCUCCACCUCCUCCGCCACCUCCCCCAGGUGGAGGUCCCGGUGGUGCCCCUCGUCCUCCACCUCCCCCUGGCAUGCCCCCACCACCGCCUCCACCAGGGGCUGAUCCCGCCUUUGCUAAAAAGAAAAAGACGGUGAAGCUGUUUUGGAAAGAGCUCAAACAGCCCGACAGCCCCAGGAAAUGUAAGUUUGGGCGGGGCACCGUGUGGGCGUCGUUGGACAAAGUUACCGUGGAUACAGCUAAGCUGGAGCAUCUCUUUGAGUCCAAGACCAAAGACAUUGUAGUUGGCAAGAAAGGACCGGAGGUGAAGAAAUCUGAAAUUCACGUUCUCGAUUCUAAGAGGAGCAAUGCCAUCAACAUUGGGAUGACUGUCCUACCUGCUGUUCAUGUCAUUAAAAGUGCCAUCCUGAACUUUGACGAAUAUGCCAUCAGUAAAGAAGGCAUUGAGAAAAUCUUGACCAUGAUUCCGACUGAAGAGGAGAAGCAGAAGAUCCAGGAGGCCCAGCUGGCCAGUCCGGAGGUGCCACUGGGGACGGCUGAGCAGUUCCUCCUCACCCUGUCCUCCAUCAGUGGCCUGACGGCCCGCCUUCAGCUCUGGGCCUUCAAACUCAACUAUGAGACGCUGGAAAAGGAGAUUGCAGAGCCCCUGUUCGACCUGAAACUGGGCAUGGAGCAGCUCGCCCAGAACAAAACUUUCAAACGGAUCCUGGCAACGCUGCUCGCCGUCGGAAACUUCCUCAACAGUUCCAGCGCAAAAGGUUUUGAGCUGAGUUACCUGGAAAAGGUCACAGAGGUGAAGGACACAGUACACAGACAGUCCUUGCUUCACCACACCUGCAACUUUGUGUUAGAGAAAUUUCCGGACACGACGGACGUGUACUCGGAGAUCCCAGCCAUCACACGCUCUGCCAAGGUGGAGUUUGAACAGUUGUCUGACAAUCUGGUGCAGUUGGAGAGGAAGUGUAAGAUGUCCUGGGACAACCUGAAGAUCGUGGCCAAGCAUGAGACCAAGCUACAUCUGAAGAACAGGAUGACAGAGUUUCUGAAGGACUGCACAGAGAAAAUCAUCAUCCUGAAAGUGGUCCAUCGACGGAUCAUCAACAGGUUUCACUCAUUCCUGUUGUACCUGGGUCAGCCUUCCUACUCUGUGCGGGACAUCAAGGUGACUCAGUUCUGUAAGAUCAUCAGUGAGUUUGCGCUCGAAUACCGCACCACCAGAGAGAGAGUCCUUACCCAGAAACGAAAGCGACAAGCACACCGAGAAAGGACCAAGACUCGAGGGAAAAUGAUCACAGAGACAGAGAAGUUCUCUGGAGCUGUUUCACCCGUGACCCAGGAUGGCCCCGCCCCUGUCUCCACGACAACGGAACCUGAGCCGAGCCAAGAGGACCACGAGAACAUGAAGAACUUGCUCAUCGCCGGUGACAACAAUACCAAACUACGCAGGUCCCGGGCGAUAAGAGGUAUAGGCAGUAUUAGCCCAUCACAGAUGAACACAGCCAAAGAGGACAGCACAAGCUCGCAGGAUGAUGCCACGGAUGAGAUCAUGGAUCGAUUGGUCAAGUCUGUUACCCACAAUCCCUCAGAGAGGUCCUCCAGUCCCAAAACACGAAAGCGCUCAAGGCUGAACAGAAAAUCCCUGCGGAGGACUUUGAAGAGUGGACUCAGCACAGAAGUGGUUCAGGCUUUGGGACUGAGUAAGGAGAGUGAUAAGGUCUGAGUGGAGAAAACCAAGACUCGUUUGAGGAGCACACCACAGGCGAAAUCUCAGCAGCAAAACUACAAAGAAUGAAGUUUUGAGGGAAGACAGGCGUUUCUAAGCUAAGAGACAUGGAGGGGACUGACGGCAAUACACGUGGAAAUACAGAGCACAAGCGAAGAAGACAAAUACAGGCAACAAAGAGCUUGUGAUUCCACGAUGUCUGUCGCUUUGUCAGUGUCUGAUCACA